UUUAAAAGACAUUUAAUUUAAAUGGUAUUUGGACAGGUACAUGGAUAGGAAAGGUUUAGAGGGAUAGAAUCAUAGAGAAUCGUAGAGUCAUUCAGUGUGGAACCAGGCACUUCGGUCCAACUUGCCCACGCCGGCCAACAUGCUCCAUCUACACUAGUUCCACCAGCCUGCAUUUGGUCCAUAUCCCUCUAAACCUGUCCUAUCCAUGUACCUGUCCAAAUGUUUCUUAAAUGUUGCAAUAGUACCUGCCUCAAUUACCUCCUCUGGCAGUUCUUCCAUACACCGACUCACUCUGUGUAAAAAUGUUACCCCAAUUUCCCAUUAAAUCGUUCCCUCCUCACCUUAAACCUACGUCCUCUGGUUCUCUAUUCCUCUACUCUGGGUAAAUGCACCAGUUUUUUGCCCAAUCUAUUCCCCUUAUGAUUUUGUACAUCUCUAUAAGCCCUGGUCCUUCUGCGCUCCAAGAAAAAAAGCCCUAGCCUGCUCAACUUCUCUCAAUAGCUCAGUCCUUUAAGAAAACCCAUGCAGUCACAGGGAGAAUAUACAGACAACACCCACAGUCAGAAUCGAACCCACGUCACUGGUACUGUAAAGCAGCAACUCUACCGCUAUGCCACCAUUCUUUAUGUGUAAACCAGCAUCUGCAGUUCCUCGUUUCCUAAAUUUUUAAUGUUCGUGAAAGUUGUUCGUAGCUGAUUUGAUUUUGACGUUAACUCAGAUGAACACUAAAAAUUUAAAUCUGUAGACAUAAGAACAGCAGAUGCUAGAAUCUGGAGCAAAUCACAAAAGUGCUGCAGGCACUCAGAAGGUGAGGCAGUAUCUGUGGAGGGAAUGGACAGGCGACAUUUAAGGUUGGAUCCUUUCUUCAGCCUGACCCAAAACAUUGCAGAAGAUCCACACAAAGUGCUGGAAUAACUCAGCGGGUUAGGCAGCAUCUUAGUUUAGUUUAGAGAUACAGCGCAGAAACUGGCCCCUUGGCCCACCGAGUCUGUACCAACCAGCGAUCAAUUAACACUAUCCUACACACAUCAGGGACAAUUUACAUUUAUACCAAGCCAAUUAACCUACAAAUCUGCACGUCUUUGGAGUGUUGGAGGAAACCGAAGAUCUUGGAGCAAACCCACGCGGUCACGGGGAGAACGUACAAACUCCGUACAGACAGAACCCUUAGUCAGGAUUGAACCCAGGUCUCUGGUGCUGCAAGCGCUGUAAGGCAGUAAUUCAACUGCUGCGCCACCGUGCCUCCAGCUAUGGAGAAAAAGGUUGGGUGACGUUUCGGGUCAGGACCCUUCUACAGCGUCACCCAUCCUUCUUCUCCAGAGAUUCUGCCUGAUCCGCUGAGUUACUCCAGCACUUUGUGUCUUUCGUCGGUAUACACCAGCAUCUGCAGUUCCUUUCCAACCAAAAUGGUGCCUGUCCAUUCCCUCCACAGAUGCUGCCUGACCUUCACAUCAUGAAGUGAACAGUCCAGCUUUAGACGUCCUCCAGCACUCUUGGGUUUGGCUCGCAUUUAAAAUUGAUUGUAUCAAACCUACUUCUACUUUACAGUUCAUGUUUAUUUAUUUGUAGACUAACCCCUAAUGCUUCUAAAAAAAAAUCACUGGAAUUGCAUCUCUGUCGUUGUUGCUAACAAGAUGACCGGUGUUUCUCUGAUGCAUGAAUGACUGGGAAUUUUAAUCUCCCGACAUAAAACCGUUUUUGCCCGACAACUGAGAUACAAGGUGGCUACUCAUGAGGAAUUAAAGAUUUAGAACAAUCACUGCAUUUUUUCAGGGGUCAAGACACAAAGAGCCAUUGUGGUUUCAGUGAAGGCUGGUGUUUACCAAUUGGUGCAGCAAGGAAUAUGAGGCAUCAACAGGCAUGUGUUCAACUCCUAACACUGCGUAUUAAUUAAACUGCAAAAUGGAUCUUUCGCCUCAUUGUGCAAUCUGAUGAAUAUAAUUAAGCAUGUGAUUGAUGAUCGGCUGCUGGUUUCCCAGUAAGACGAGAGUUAUUCUCUGGGUGGCCUCCCAUCUGUCAGUCUCUGAUGAGUUCUAACAUAACGGACAACAUUUAAACAGCUCCUCGUAUGUUUGAAACACCUUCCUUUUCUGAAUUUGACUGGGAUAACAAAGGUGAAGUAUAUUUUCGAAAGAUCUGAAGCCCAGUGGAACAGUUUUAUUGGCAGCGAGCAGAGAAUGGCUGAAGAAGACUCAAAUGUACCUGAUUUAGUUGAAACUGAUAACACAGUGACCAGUGAAAACCAACCAGAUGUGGUCGAUGAUGUGGAAGGGGCAGGAGGUGCCGUUCAGUCAACAGAAGAAAAAGCCUCAUCGGGUGUGGUAAGCGAAUGUGUUUUGACUGACAAUGUAACACCCAGCAAAGGGUCAAACUCAACUGCAGAAGAAUACAGUUCACCUUCAGGUGAGAAUGUUACAAGCACCGAGACCAUUGCAAGCAAUGAGGAAACUACUCCCAACACUGAGGAAGCCACUUCACAUCAUGAAGUGAACACUCCAGCUUUAGAAGUCAUCCCAUGUAUUGAGGAAGCCAGUUCAGAUGUCAAACAGGUUAUUACAACUGCUGAAGAAAUCACUUAUCCCGCUGCUGUGGUUUCUCCAGGUGCUGAAGAAGCCUGUUCGUCUUCGGAGUUAGCCGAGCAAUCUGCCGAGAUGAAUCAUUCCACUGCUGAUGAGACCACGUCUUCGCCUGCUGAACAGACUGUCACGCCAGUUGCAACUCCGGAGGAAGCACAUCAGCCUGCAGUGGAAACGGUCUUAACGACAGAGAAUGCUAAAUCAUUCACAGCAGGAACCUUUACUCCUGAAGUACCAUCUAUUCAGAGCUCCAGACCAGAAUCUGACACAAUGCUUUCAAGUCCUUCAACAGAAGAAGAAAUAACACCGCAGAAUAACACACCAGAAAACUCUGCUGAUGAUGCAAGGAGUGAAGCAGUGGAGAAUAUGAUCCUAUUACCACCAGAGGAAGAUUAUAGCGAGAAGGGAGAGCACAGCAAUGUAGCGAAUCACAAUGCCGGUGAGAUUGGUGAUGUUAUGGAGUCUGAUGAAGAAGAAAUUUACUCAGAAGAAUUCCAGCAAGGAAAUGACUUGGAGUCGCCUUCAUCCAGUCCCAUCCAACCAGAGUCACCAACUAAUACUGAUUGUGUUGAGGAGCAAUCAGGAUCUUCAAGAAGACCUGACAUUGCCAAGCACAGCUACUCCAGGUACAAUACUGUCUCUUAUCGCAAGAUCAAAAAAGGAAUCACCAAGCAGCGUAUUGAUGAAUUUGAGUCGAUGUUACAAAUAACUUAAGCGUGGCAACAAAGCUGCAAGGAUAACCACUGUCUCCUGUUAUUAAAUUGAACUGAAUUAAUUGACCUAGAAAUUGAACAGUGCCUGCAAAGUCUCAGUAAUGGGCUGGUGCGCAGUAGGACAACAAACCUUUGUUUGAAGGAACAUCAUUGUACAUUGUGGGGAGUGAAUCCUGCUCCUCUGCUGUACUGUUCUCUGCAAGUGUAAGGAUGCAUCUGUACAGCACAGGUACAGUCCCUACUUCCCACAAUGUCCAUGUCAAACAUGAUGCCAAGACCAACUCUUAUCUACCUGCACAUAAUCCACAUCCCUCCAUUCCCUGCAUAUCCUGUGCCUAUCCAAAAGUCUCUUAAUUGCCAAUAUCGGCCUCUACCACCACCCCUGGCCGUGUGUUCCAGACACUCACCACCCUCUGUAAAAACAAAACUUGUCCCACACAUCUCCUUUAAACUUUCCAUCCAAGGAAAAUGCUUCAGACUGUCUACUGUACAUCUGCCUCUCACAAUUUUAUAUAUUUCUCUCAGGUCCCCCCUCAGCCUCCAGUGUUCCAAACAAAACAAUGAAAGUUUGUCCAACUUCCUCUUGCAGCUAAUACACUCUAAUCCAGGCAGCAUUCUGGUAAACCUCUUUAGCAUCCUCUAUAGGGAAUGGGUGGGGCCGCUCAGUGGUAGAGUUAAGGGCCUGUCCCACGAGCAUGCGACUCCAUGCGGCAAGCGCGACCUAACGUGGUCGCUUGAGCCGUACGGCCUCGGGAGGCCGGUCCCACUUCGAUCGCCGGAGCAGUAUGGAGUUGUGCGGAGCUGGUCCCGACAUCGCGCGGGGCUCCAAAAAACUGACCGUGUUCAAAAAUUCCGCGCGGCAACGGCCUGCCGGCCCGCAACCGCCUCGAAGGCGUACGCACCA